AAGAAAAAAGAAAAAAUGCAAUCCGAACACUACCGCAAAAUCGAACUCCAAUCCCCCGCAGACCUAACCUACCUCUACACCAACGCGAUCGCCCUAUCGCGUCAAAAGCUCGAUUUACACUUCCCGCCGUCCGCGUCAUAUUCACAAAAUGGUAAUCAGCUGGAUCCGAUGAAGGAGCGUGUUAAGGAGCUUGUAGAUGAUUUCAUCCGGCAAACAUACACCUACGCCUCCGACUCCCUAAGCAUAAACGGUCUCGAAUUUGAUUCUGCUUCUCUCUCUGCAGCUGCAGCAGCAUCAAAGUCAAAAGGGUCUGCGUUACCGUUUCCAGCGACAUUCUCGGCGCCCGAUGAAACAGUGGAAUAUGAACCGUACGAUGGGAAACUUGCUUCGCGUGUAAGUUCGUUGUAUGCGCAACUUGAGUCGUUAACGACUACGGUAGCGCAAUUAAGACGUGAUGCGCCGCGAAAGACGGCGAGGAUGUAUGCUGGAAAUCUGAAGAAGAUUUUGGAUCGAGAGGAUGAGGAAUUUCAACGACAACAACAACAGCAGGAAGAAGAAGAGCAGGGGAAAAGGAAACGCAGACGAAUUGAUAAUGAUAAAGAUGGCGAUGAUACGAAUAUACACGAGGAAGAAGAGGAAGAAGAAGAAGGAAUAAAUCCAGAAUACAGACUCGAUAUCCCCUUUGGUACUGCGGCGGAACGUGAACGAUGGCACAGCGGUGAAAUAGCAGAGAUUUAUACAGAUACGUUGCGGACAUUACUCCGAUUGCAAGGGGAGGAAUUAGCCGGUACAGAAGCGGAUACAGAGGAUAGUGAUAAGAAGGCUAUAUCUACGACUGUGGCAACGGCGGAGAGGGCGGAGAGAGCUGUUGAGGUUGUCGAAAAGAUGGUUUAG